AUGUUGAACGUCAAAGCCCUCACUGCCCUGCUCUCGCACAAUCGAGAUGGUCGUCUAUGCAAGCAGUGGUAUGUCAUGACACCAAAUGGCACCUUGCUGGCCCAUAGCCAACCAGCAAACAUCAACGGCUUGAGGAAGCAGGCCGCCGUAGCCGCUAUGACCUGGCAGGAGCACGAGCACCAGGAUCCUCGUUUUGACGGCGAAAUCCGCGAGGACAACGGAACAACAGGCUCUUUGCACAUCCUAAUCAUCGAAUCGGACACAAGCAACACCAUCAUGAGGAAGCUCCAAAAUCAAGUUCUGCUGGUCCUCGAAGGCGGUGUCCCACCACGUCGAACUGGCUUCCAAAAGAGUAUCACGGCAGAAAGUGCAGACGGCACGCAGCAGACGUGGCCGCACGAUGGUGAUGGUGCAUCGAUCAUGUCUAACAAGACUGGCACCAGUGCGAUUGCUGCCAAUGUAUUGAAGCUACAGCGUAACAAAGUGGAAGCGCUGGCAGCUGCGAUCAUCAGCGACUUUCAGAAAGUGGGCUUUGAGAUGCCAGUGGAAGGCUGCACCGCUGUCUUCUGA